AUCUGCAACCAGUGCAACGUCUGUUCCAAGUAUGGAUCCAUACAGAGUCAUUGAAAAGCGUAAAGUUGAUACUAGCGAGUUCUAUGAGAGUCCAGUAUACAAAUUCUUAGAUGCCAAUGUUCCAAAGACGUUGAUGGCCUACAACAAUUACCCUUUCCCAAAGGACACUCCAUUGUUUCCAACUCAUAGCCAGAUCUUGGAUUACAUUGUGGAUUACUCAAAGGGUAUCGAGGACCGUGUGAAGUUUAACACUAGCGUGACCAAAGUUACUCCGGUUGAUGAUAAAUGGGCAGUCACAUCACACGACUCAGUAAGCGACCAGCUUGAAACCAACAUUUAUGACGCUGUCUGUAUUGCAGUUGGUCAUUACGAACAGCCAUUCAUUCCAGACGUGGAGGGUCUGGCACAAUGGCACGAGAAGUUCCCAACUUCCAUUUUGCAUUCCAAAUCAUACGAUGAACCACUGCAGUUCAAGAAUUCAAGAAACAUUCUUGUCGUGGGUAACUCUGCAUCAGGUGCUGAUAUCGCAUACCAACUUGCAACCAAGUUGAACAAGGUGAUCUAUAAAUCCAUCCGUUCCCAAAAUGUGCUCCCUGCUGGCCAAUCCGAUCUUGUGCACGAUGUUCCAGAUCUUGCGAAGUUUGACAGUGAAACCAAGACAGUCCAUUUCAAGGAUGGCUCUUUCAUUGAAGAUGUCGACAGUGUCAUUUUCUGCACUGGUUAUUUGAAAUCUAUCCCAUUCCUCGAGAACCCAAAGCUCGUGACAACAGGCCAAAAGGUUAACGAUCUCUACAACCAUCUUCUGUACACCAAGAACCCUACUUUGGCAGUCAUUGGACUUCCUCGUUUUGUCCUUCCAACACGUCUUUCUGAGUCCCAAGGAUGCUGGCUUGCUCGUGUAUGGGCAGGAGAGAUCGCAUUGCCAAGUGCUGAAGAGAUGCAGAAGGCUUGUGACUCCCUGGAAGGCCACGAGAGAACUCAUCAUGAUUUGAUGUAUCCAAAGGAUGUUGAGUACUCUAACAUGUUGAAUGCCCAAGCAAGAGAGGCCACUGGCGACAGAGGAUACCAAGCCGUUGAAUGGGAUGACGAGCAGUGUAAAGUCAGAGCCAACAUCAAACCAUUGAAGGAGGCAUACAUUAAGCAUUUCGCAGAGACAGGCAAGAGAGCUCAAAGCAUUGAAGAGUUGGAGAAGGACGGAUACUUCAGCUUCCCAAAGGAGCAGGAAGUGUCUGCUUGAAGAACAACCCCCCGUCUAUCACA